AUGUCUGCAGAAGCCAUGCAGUCUUCUCGGCAAUACCGACAGGUGCCCACCUCUGCUGCAUAUGGCACACAUCAAGACCACCAUUACGAUGUCCAAGGUGGUGACCUGGAUCCUGAUGGUUAUUACACCCAACCAAAUUACUAUCCCCCUCAGGACUCGAAUGAUGCGAGGUACACGUCUCGUGUCGACUCGGUUCCCGUAACCUCAUCAUCUUUCUCCAAUCAAACUACUACUCUACCAUAUCAUACCCGCAAUCAGUCUACUGCCUAUGACCAGUAUGACGGAGCUCCUAUCCCUCCCCCACGUACCUCGUCACAACAGCCAACCUCUUCUCGUGCACCUGUACCACCGUCCACAGCACCAUUGGACGCAAGAGUCGCUGCCUCGAGACAUGCCAGACAAAACGUUCAAGAUACACAAUCUAGUCGUGUUCAAAAUCAUGUCGGAGAUUAUCACGAUGAGUCAAGGGACAGACCACGGGACGAUACAGCCACUACCGCCGCAGCUGCUGCACGUAGCCGAAGAAAGGGUCCUUCCAGUCCCGACGGUCCUCAUCGCGCCGCAAGUUCACGAAAUCGAGGACAACAUGCUUCCCCGACUCACAGUCGAUCCGAUGCUGCCAUGCAUUCACCUGGUGGUGCGCCCGGUCCAUUGGUCCGCGAAUACAGUGAGGUUAUCAACCGUGUUGUCGUCUCAGAUCCACAGGUUGAUGCCGAACGAAUGCAGGAGAGAGUGGCAGAGGCACAGCCAGCACCCAUUGCCACCGAAGACCCCGCUGUCGAUGACCUCCUACCUGCCCUCGGCCCAGCUCGACGACAAGACUAUUCCAAGUCGCGAAGAAAGGACGUGCAAUUCGGAGACUACAUGUUGGGACAGACCCUUGGUGAAGGCGAAUUCGGCAAGGUGAAAUUGGGAUGGAAGAAAGAUGGAAGCUCGCAGGUUGCCAUCAAACUGAUCCGCAGAGAAUCGGUUGCUACGAACCCGUCCCGGCUGCCAAAAAUCUAUCGUGAAAUCUCAAUUCUGCGAGAUCUAGCGCAUCCCAAUAUCGUCCGACUGCAUGAGAUGGUCGAAACCGAGCGACACAUUGGUAUCAUUUUGGAGUAUGCAUCGGGCGGUGAACUCUUCGAUUACAUUCUAAAUCAUCGGUAUCUGAAGGAUCCAGCCGCGCGAAGACUUUUUGCUCAACUGGUCUCUGGAGUAGGAUAUCUUCACAAGAAAGGCAUUGUUCAUCGAGAUUUGAAACUGGAAAAUCUCCUCCUGGACCAAAAUCGAAACAUCAUCAUUACCGAUUUUGGAUUCGCAAACAACUUCGAUCCCAAGGACGAGUUGACUGACGAAAUCGAGUACAAUCUCGGCAACAAGGAGUUUGUCAGAAAGUUCAAGCUCGACCGGUUGGAUGCUCGUGGUAUGAGAAGAGGUGAUUUGAUGCAGACUAGUUGUGGUAGCCCUUGCUAUGCUGCCCCGGAACUAGUUGUGAGUGACUCUCUGUACACUGGGAAAAAGGUCGACGUCUGGAGUUGUGGUGUCAUCUUGUAUGCCAUGCUCGCCGGCUAUCUACCAUUUGACGACGACCCUGCCAACCCUGAGGGUGACAACAUCAACCUGCUUUACAAGUACAUUACCACCACUCCUUUGACUUUUCCAGAAUACGUCACACCUCACGCUCGCGAUUUACUUCGCCGAAUUCUAGUCCCUGACCCACGCAAACGUGCUGAUCUGUUUGAGGUUGCCCGCCACAGUUGGUUGAGUGAGUACCAUCACGUGGUCUCGCACAUUACUAGCAGUACUACCAACGUUGCGGACAUUGCCAAUACUACCGUUCCGGCCGGUGAGUCUCAAGAUGAACCGCCUUCUCUAAAUAGGAGUGCUUCUGUCCGUGAAGGGCCCUCCAGAGCCGCAGCAGCUUCUCCUGGUACCCUCACUCGGGCGCAUGAAGGUCUGCUUCAAGACCCAGACGAGACUUCCGGCUCACGUCGCGAGCGAGCAACUCGACACACACUGCAGCCUGAGUAUGUUGCUCCUCAGACACAUACCGCUCGUGGCAAAGCCCCCGCGACUGGAAGCCCUUCAGCUGGUCGAACUCGAGCCGACGAUGCAGGUCAGGCUAUGGCGACUUCCCAGCCUCCGUCCUUAUCAAAGCCAUUGCCACAAGACCCUCCUAGGGAUUCGCCUCGACAGAAGUCACAGAACAUGCACCCUCCAACUCGUCCAGCUCGUGACAUUCCACGCUCGGUAUCUGACUCUACAACUGCUUUUGGAACUGCUCCUGUAGUUGCUCCAGGUGGCCAACAUACCACCAGACCCAGCACUCAGGGUUCGAUGACUUCUACUAAUGGCCCUACCAACACCAGAUCUGAUCUCCGACUGCCUUCACGUGGUUCGUAUGGCCAGCCCGUGGCACCCACUGUAGCCACGACCAACGCACAAGGACGCGUGACACAGCCCACCAAAUCAGCACGUGGGUAUAACAUUUCGGGUCCCUUGCCUUCACCAGGCGCACAGAAUUCUAUCGGACAGCCAAUGACUACUCCCAUGCCUCCACCUACUGCACACCAACCUCAGAAAACACAUCAUCGUCGAUCGAGCACACUGAGCGGGCUUGGAGAACGCUUAUUCGGUAGGUCUAAUUCGGUAGCAAAGAAGGAUCCAGAGCGACAGAAGAAUGGACGGAAGUAUCCACCAACUAGCAUGAAGGAAUUCGCAUCAGAGCCAGUCCCUCGUUUGUCGACUGAAUCCAAACGAUCGUUCUCAUUUGGGCUUGGUAAGAGAAAGAGCACGGACUUGGAAGCACAUGUGCAAACAGAAAAGCCGGUACGACGAUUUUCACUUCUUCCUAAUUCUGUGUCGUUCAAAGGUCUGAUGGGAGGUUCUAAGGAGGACACAUCCAAAAUUGGCACUCCCCCUGGUGCAAACCGUGUAGCUAGUGGUUCAGAGCACGACAAUCAUCAGUACGUCAACAAUGACGGAUCAUAUGACCCGUCGAGAUCCCACAAGUACAACAAUUUCUCCCGGCCACCUCAGACGCAGUACCAGCCACAGCGACCAGUAGCGUCGGCACCAACGAACGAUGUCUACGGAGGAACGGGUGUCUAUCAGCCACAAACUCAAGGCCGUGGUCCGCAUCACCGACAACAAAGUGAGCCGAUGGCACAGAUGGUUGCGAAACCCCCCGACAGCACCGAGAACGUGGGCCGACCAUCGAUUCAGCAAGGGCGGCAGGCACGAGUUCUUGUGAAGAAUAAUCGCAAGUUUGCAGAAGCAUAUGAUCAUGAGCAAGGGCCCACGCACCAUGCGGGCCGAUCAGGCGCAGUCAAGAGAGUUCAAGACUUUUUCCGUCGUCGCCGCACUCCCACCGAAGGAGAUACUCGAUGA